AUCCCACUUUCCCAAAUACUUUCAAAUUGUAAACCGCAUAACCUCUCUCUCUCAGUCUCAGCUGUAACCCAAUCGGCGGAGAAUAAUUAUCCGGUGAAUCAGAUGACCGAUCUGGGCCGGAGCUCAACUCUAGAGUCGGAUCCCCUACAUGCUUACUCAGGCCUCUCCUUGUUUCCUCGCACGCUGAAAUCAAUGUCCAUCCCUCCUCCUCUCUACCCGUCCGACGCUCUUCAGCAGACCCAUACCCUCCUUCAAUCUAUGCCUUUCGAAGUCUCGAAAGAGCAUCAGGAGCAGGCAAAGGCUAUCUUAGAAGAUGAAAGCUCUGAACUUUUAAAGCAAGGCAGUGUAGGAUCAGAAGAUACGGAUGUUGGUGUCAGUUUCGCUAAUAAGAGGGAAAGAAGACCGGCGUAUGAACGGAAGCGAGGACAUUUUACUUUCAAGCCUACUACGACAUGUGAAUCACCUCAGAAAGAACCAACCUUUGAUCCUAGUAAAUAUCCAAAACCUGGAGAGUACUUUGCUGCGUAUGACAGAUUUCUGCUUGCUCAACGAGAAUGGCAGAAGCAGACUGGCACCUUUGUAAAAGAGACACACCAGUAUCAGCCCCGCCCUCGCAGACCAGAACUUCCAGGGAGAAAACGGGGUACAUACAAGCAUACUUAUACAGAUAGUUGUCCCAUUGGCUUGAAAACUUCUGAAAAGGAAAACCCCAUUCCUUCUGAACAAGUCCUAGAGGAAAACACUGCUGCACAUGUUAAGACUGCGGACAGAGAAGUAGAUGGUGAGAGUAAUGAUUCAACCGCAUACACAGACAAGAACUUGGAAAAUAUUUUGACUGAGUUGCUUGCUUGCUCUCCGGAUGAGCUUGACGGGGAUGCUGGUGUCAAGCUUUUGCAGGAACGCUUGAAUAUCAAGCCCGUUAAUGAGGAAAUGCUUUCUUUCCCUGACAUUCCUGACUUUCCAGAUGUCAGAAGAAUGGACUUGAAGGCGUCUGGAAGGAACCCAUCAAAGCCAAGAACUGCGCUGUCAAACAUACAGAAUUUGCUAAAAGGGAUUAACAGUGAUGGGAGUCGGAAAAAAAGCCAGGCAUCACCAUCAUAUUCACCAGAGGAUCAGUUUUCAUUUCCCGACAGGCUUAAUUUGCUUCCAGGAGAUCAACAGCCUGGAGAGGUCGAUAUAACAAAGGAUUUGAAUGCCUGUUCGGGAUCUUCAGUGGCCAGCGAUGCUGAUAAAGUUAUACCUAAUGCAUCUCCGUCUAAUGUGGGCACUCACGUUGCUAGCGAAUUCAACAUCUCAGUGCAGAAGAGUUCUUAUGAAGGUGUUCCUGAUACUAACUCAAGUCCAUAUAGGAACGCUGACAAUUGUGAGGUGGACGACAGCAUCACAAACAUUAAUCCAGCCACACUAGAGGCGAAUGUAGAUAUGCAAACAAAAGAAAAUGAGGGAGAUGUUCCCAUGGGUGAAAGUGAAGCAAACAUAAACACUAGAAGAAGAGAAAGUUAUGUAGAAAACCUGGCGGAAGAUGCACCGGGAGAGGAUGCAAGAAUGGAUCCUUUUACUGUAGAAGAUGAAACCAUUCCAUAUCAGCAAGAAGAAUCCUCGAAAUCUCUAAACGCAACUCGAGAACAAUACAACGCAAUGGAUGGAUUCAUUGAACAUGAGGAGCAUACUCAAGGACAACAUGGAGAGGAAAAUGACAACACAGGCACCGCUCGUGGAGUUCAAGUAGAAAAUGCUCAGCAGGAAGCUCCCAGCUCUUCACCCAAACAGACAAAUAAACGAAGCAAGAGAGGAGCUUCUGACAGCAAUAUGAAAAAGCGGAGCAAAACGGUGCAUGAUGAAACUGAAAAGGACAAGCAAACGAAAACAUUAUCACGUGAAAGUGGAGCAAAGAAGCAAACCAAAGGAAAAGCGAACGAGAGAAAGGAGAAGACGCAAAAGAAAACAGUAACACGUGAGAGUAAAAUGUUCUCCCGUAGGAAAAGCCUUGCAGCUGCUGGUACUAAUUGGGAAGCUGGCGUUAGACGAAGUACAAGGAUUAAGUCGAGACCACUUGAAUACUGGAGAGGUGAACGAUUCUUGUACGGACGUGUUCACAAUAGUUUAACUACUGUGAUCGGGAUAAAGUAUGAAUCUCCGGGAAAGAAUGGCAAAGGCGAAACGCGCGCAUUGAAGGUGAAAUCAUUCGUCUCUGAUGAUUACAAAGAGCUGGUUGAAUCAGCCGCCUUGCAUUGAAAAUCAUAAUAAUCCUAGGAGAGUGUUCAGAGCAAAUAAUCUUUUGAUCAUAACUCUAUUGAUAUGGUGUGUCGUCUCUACUAUUAUCACUUUGGAUCCCAUAACCUGUCACUUUCUUCUUUAUUCAAACCGCAACUGUUUUGGAAUUUCGAAACCGGAACCGAGAGUUUCAACUUUCAACUUUCAGUUAGUUUCCUCCAUGUUGAUUAGUCUCAAAGUCUUUGGUAUU